AUGGACGCAAACAAUGCCCGUGUGGAGCGGCUCCGCCGCGUCAACCGCUACAAGGCGGUACAGGCGGAACUUGCCCUUCAAAGGGAGGAGGAGGAGUUCAAGGCGAGUCGGGAAAGGAAGAUGAACGCUGCGGCUCGCGACGAGGCUCUCGCAAAGCAGCUGGCGGAGGAGCAGCGACUCGACUUACUGGACACAAAAAUGCUUCAACUUGUCCGUACUUUUCCGGAACUUCGGAACCUGGAGGGACAGCUAAAGCACGCCUUGAUGAAGCAAGGGCGCAAGGAUCAAGUGGAGGAGAUGCGGCAGUUACGAGAACGGCAGUUGCAGGAGGAGAAGGACUACAUCGCUUACUUGAACGAGCAAGAGAAACUUGCCAAGGCCAAGGAGGAGGAACGCCGUAGAAGAGAAAUUGAGGCGUUUCAGCGGCACCAGGCAGCGCAGCUGGAUCUCAUUGGGGAAAGAAAAGCCGUUGCUGAAAGAGAGGCCGAGGAGCGACGGAAGGAGCGGCUAGCUGUUGACGCGGUAGUGGCCCGAGUCCACGAGAAGGAUUUUCUUGAGGCCUUGGAGCGGCGUGAAAAACAACGAAAGUUGCAAGUUGAACACGAUGAGUUUUAUCGGCUCCGUGCAGAGAUUAAAGAGGCAGAGAGACAACGCGAGUUGCGGGAAGAAGAGGCCAUCAACGCCUACAUCGCUGAGCAGGGCCGUCGGAAGGAGACAGACGAGAAGUUGGCACGAGAGAGAGAAGCUACCAAGACCAGAAUUCUCGAGGAGCAGAGCAAGAAGAUUGCGGAGGAGCAGGCCAAACGUGAGGAGCUGGAGAGCUUGUUAAAUGACUACUACGAGGCUGAGCGUCUGGCGAAGGAACGCAAGGCGAUGAAGGAUGAAAAGGAAGCACGGGAGAGGUUUGCAGAGGCGGUGAAGGAGGAGAAUUGGAAGCUCAUUCAGGCUCACCAGAAGGAAAAGGAGGCAGAGCGCGCCGAGGAAAUCAAGUUGCGCCAGCUGAUGAUGGAAGAUCUCGCACGAAAGGCCAAAAUGGACCGGUUGUCACGGCAACGCCAGUUGCAGCUGAAGCAGGAACACGCACUGGAAGCAGAAAAGAUGCUCGAGGCGCGCAGGGAGCUCAAGCGGGAGGAGGAGCGCCAGGCUGCUCUUCUCGAGGAACAGGAGAGAAAACGUCAAGAGGAACUGCUAGAGUACAUUCGUCGCGCACGUGCGCAACUUCUUGCUGAUUAUUUGCCACGACUGGGCGAAUUUGUGCCAGCACAUGUGCUCACGGUGGAGGAAAAGAAACAGUAUGGCAUCAUAAAGUGA